CUGGGGGCCCCCACAUGAGGCCUCCUUGCAGCCCCUCAGCCAGGCACGCACCGCACCUGGAUGCAGCGGGUGGCCAUGUGCUUCCUCCUCCUCCCUCCCCAGGACACCGCACCAGCCUGGGGAGCUUGUGCUGUGGCCUGACUGGUUGUCCAGGAAGCUGUUCUCUGGGCUUCCCAGGGUGACCCAUCUCCCUGAGCGCUGAGCGCUGUGCCUGUCACAGCCUCCUCCCUCCCUUCAAGCACGGGAACAGGCACAACUGGUGGGGCCACGCCUUCCUCAGCCCAGCCGCAGGUGGAAGGGGGUGAGGGAGGGGCCUCCCUCUCUAGGCUGUGUCAGCUUUACCCGCUCUGGCCUGCUCCCUGUAUCUGCACCUUCGUUUCCCCAAGUUCCCCUGUGGGUGCUCCAGACAAGGAGGCUCCUGGGAGCUGGACACCAGGUCCCCUCCCACCUGGGCUGCCGGAGCCCCUGGGCCUAGUCGCUUGCCUGGGACACUUCCCAGAUGGCUGCUACGGGAAGACAGGCCAGCCCGUGGUCACCACAGUCCAGGUUCACCAACAGCUUUACAGACUAAGGGACUCUGGCGAACCUGCAGUGGGCAGGCUGCUGCCAGCACCUCAAUUGCCACCUUGUACCCCAGCAGGAGACUGGGCCUGUGAGCACCCACUGCCAAGGGCUGGCACGUCUUGUCCUGGCAUGAGGUCCUGGGGAUAAUGCCACCUGCUUCCUGGACCAGGGAGGGCCUCAGUCCCCUCCCAUUUUGACUGCCUUUCACCCCUGACUGAACCCUUGGGGCUGGGGAGGCCCGAGAGCCUGGGUUCUGAGAGGCUGGGGCUGUGGGUGCCUCUGAGACCGUCCCUGUCCCCCCUACCCCCACUGCUUCUGCCCACCUUGCCUCUUUCUCCUUGCCUGGUGGUCUCUGCUAAAGUCUCCUUAGAUAUUAUGGGUCAUUAUAUGUGAGAAACAGACUCCGUCUCCCUUUCCUGGUGGAAGAUGAGCCCACAAGGUGGGUGAGGCAUGGCCAGGCAGCGUGUGGGCUGCACUGAGGCACCCCACCCCCUGUCACUGGGGCAACACCGAGGCCUGUGCUUACAGCUCACGUUAGCUUCCCAAGGGGCAGCUCAGUCCCCUGUGACGGGGGAGCCGUGUCCUGGAGAAGGGGCCUCAUUGCUUCCAUGGGAGAUGCCCCAGCCUGGGGCUGGGUGUUGAACGUAAGCCAGGCCCAGCUGCGGUACUGGGCCCAGUUAGACUCGGAGUCAAGGCUGGGUGGAGGGCUUGGGCUCCCUUCUCGUGCCUGUGAUGACAUGGAGCCUGUGUGCGGCCCGGGAGCCAGUUUCCAGUCUAUAAACACGGAGCGUGUGUCCCAGUGGCCGUGAGCGACCAAGGAGGCGGCGAGCUGGCCACACAAGUCCUGCGGCCUCAAUCCUCCGUGUUGCCCAACAGGCGGCUGGGGGCGGGCCACGGCCGCAGAUUAAAGGCCGCCUGGAGCAGACUGUGUGGAGACAGGUGCCCAGCAGCCCAGGAAGCCGGCCAACACCUGCCCCAGCUAUAGGCUUCACUGUCCCUGUGAGAACAUCACCAUGUCCAAGGCACCCCAGGCUGAGACCUUUGUCUUCCUGGACCUGGAAGCCACCGGUCUCCCCAGCGUGGACCCUGAGAUCGCAGAGAUCUCCCUGUUUGCCGUCCACCGCUCGUUGCUGGAGAAUCCAGAGCUUGACGAGUCUGGCGCCCCUGUGCUGCCCCGGGUCCUGGAUAAGCUCACACUGUGCAUGAGCCCGGAGCGCCCCUUCACCACCAGGGCCAGCGAGAUCACUGGCCUGAGCAAUGAGGGCCUGGCGAGGUGCCGGAAGGCAGGCUUUGACGACGCCGUGGUGCGGACACUGCAGGGAUUCCUAAGCCGCCAGGAAGGCCCUGUCUGCCUCGUGGCCCACAACGGCUUCGAUUAUGACUUCCCCCUGCUGUGCAUGGAGCUGCAGCGCCUAGGCGCCCACCUGCCCGGGGACACUGUCUGCCUGGAUACACUGCUGGCGCUGCGGGGCCUGGACCGUGCCCACAGCCACGGCACCCGGGCCCAGGGCAGCAAGUGUUACAGCCUGGGCAGCCUCUUCCGCCGCUACUUUCAGGCGGAACCGAGCGCGGCCCAUUCGGCUGAGGGGGAUGUGCACACCCUGCUCAUGGUCUUCUUGCACCGAGCCGCCGAGCUGCUUGCCUGGGCCGAUGAGCAGGCCCUCAGCUGGGCCAAUGUUGAGCCCAUGUAUGUGCCACCCGAUGGCCCGAGUCUCAAGUUCUGAGCCAGGGCCUUGAUGACACUGUCACCCAGGGCAAAGAGGCCCACUCCCUGCACCAUGGGCAGUGCCAGCCUCAACCGUUCAGCCAGGCCUGGAGUCCUGGAGCGGGCACCGGACCGCCACCUCGCUGCCCCUCCCCACAGCCUCUUGGCUGGGCAACUCUGGGCAGGGCAUCCACCAGGCUUUCCCCAGUCUCUGGCCUAACUCUCCCCAUAGCCCUGGAGCCUCCUCUCUGCCCUCCCCCAACCUGUGUUCCCAUGGACUUUGCUGCUGCUGGUUCCCACUCAUCACCCUGUCUUUCAAUAAAUAGUGACAACAGCUCAC